GUGUGAGCUCUUUCAAGACCAGACUUGACCAACACUGGAGCAGGUUCAGGUGGCCACCAGGAGCAAUGGGCAAGUACAAGAAGCUUCCCGAUAACUACUUCAAGUUGGUGAACCCCGUUAUUAUGGCCCUAAUAGGUGUAGGGCUCUACCUGAUGGUGAUGGCCUGGCUGGAUCCAAAGAACAUUUCUCCACUAUGUUUUGGCCGUGUUGCAGAGCUUGCCACUUGGCUUGGAACUGAAAACAACGUUCUUAUGAAACAGCUAACACUGUCCACGGCAGCUAUCCACAUCACAGAAGCUAUGGUGGCUGUGUACUUGUGCCAGAAGCUGAAGCUCAACGUGACCGUGACCAUAACCUGGACGGUACAAACUCUCGUCUUUGGGAUAUUCUCCUUAUGGUACCUCAUCUGGCCACGCCGGGAGGUCAAGUCCACAAAUAAUACCAAAACUAAAAAAGACAAAUAAAAUGCUUGAGACUGCUUUUCAUUUUUAAGUCAAGGUCAUUUUAUAUUUGUAUGUAUUAAUUUCAGUACAAUUUUGUCAUCUAUAAAAAUAAAAGGUUUUAAUAAGUCAA